AUGGCGGUGGCAGAUGUGAAGUUAAAUUCACCAACUCAAACAAACAGUCAAAGUGUUGUUGUCAAUGUCAAAGACAGAGAUGUUGAAGUGGGGAAACCAUACGAAGACGAAGAUGGUAUAACAAUUGUUCCUGUAAAAGAACCAACAUAUCCUGAAGUUAGCAGAGACUUAAGUUCUGUUGCAGAUAUUCGAAACGACUACCAACAACUGAAAGACAAACUUCAAACUCAGGAGAAGAUUUGUCAAGCUUUAAGUAUAAUGUUAAACUUGGUCGAACACAACCCUGUAAAGUGA